UGCCAUACAGUCAAGGAUGUGGAUGGAGUCCUCUGCCGGUAUAAGAAGAUCCUGUGCACUUUCCAGAAGAUGCAAAGCAUGAGUCGGGCCUUUGAACAUCAUCGGGUGGAUCGUAACACUGUGGCCUUGACCACCCCCAUAGCAGAGCUCCUUAUUGUUGCUCCUGAAAAAUUGGCUGAAGUGGGUGAGUUUGACCCAUCUAAGGAACGUCUGCUUGAAUAUUCCCGACGAUGUUUCAUGGCGCUAGAUGAUGAGACACUCAAAAAAGUCCAGGCCCUCAAGAAAAGCAAGCUUCUACUGCCCAUCACUUACCGCUUCAAGACGAAAAUGGACUCUCCUGGCUUAGUUGCUGGCAACUCUGUCCCUUCUCCUGCUGUGCCACCCAAGCAACUUCUGCCAAUCGCUGAAUGCUACAAGCGAUGAAUCUUCUCCUGGAGCAACAUAAGUACUGCUGGAACCUAUGUUGCCAGUCCUUUGAGCUCUCUUUCUCUGUACAUCCUGCCCCCUCCGACCCCAUCCAUUAUCCCUAUUAAAAUAAAAGUGUGAUGUGUGGUAUCA